AUGGGUUGGUUCGGCCUCGGGCGACGUAAACCUGCUGACGAGAGCUCUCCGUCUUCCCCCACCCUAUCAACCGAUGGAAUCAACAUGUCAACAGGCUGUGGCGCCCAAGCCGCAUCGGAGUCGACAGGACGUUCUUGCACGCCCAUGGCGGAGCCGGUUGGAGCACCGAAGACCACGUUGAAUGCUCCGGCGGCGGCGAUGAGGGCUGAUGCCUGCGAUAAAGCUUCACCAGUAGAAGAGCAGCAGGAGCAACAGCAAGGGGAGGGAGUCGCGGAUUCGAGUCCAGGGUACGCCCACAGGCUCAAGGCCGCCUUCCUAGACACCGUGGCGACGGCCAAGAGAGCGCCCGAGACGAUGGAGGAGGCCAUGGCCGUGAUCAAGGGAGAGAGAGCCGUCAAGCCGGACUACGGGAGAGCGGUCGGCACCGUGUCGGCGGCUUUCGCCGGAGGCUGCGCCCACGGCUGGUGGCACGGCGCGGCGCUUGCCGCCAAGUACCCUCCGCACCAACGGAGUAUCGUCAGAGUGCGCGCGGGAGCCCGGAGGGGGCUUAGGUUCGCGACCUUCGCCCUGAUAUUUGAGGGCUCGUCUGCUGUUAUGGAGGCCCUGCGACGGAAGAAAGACUUCGUAGGUGGUACGGUGGGGGGCGCGCUGGCGGGCAUGGCCUACGGUGUAUCAGGCGGUGUGGCCGCCGCUCGAAGCGGUCUGUUCUACGGCGUCUGGCUCGGAGGCGUAUUUGGUCUGUUCAGGAAUCACGUGGCGUCCUUGAGGGAGCAGGCCCGCCUGGCGGAGGAAGACGAGCGAUUGGCACAGGAGGAAAGGGAUGCGAUCGGGGAGACGGCGCUGAGAAGGUCCAUAGCAGGGAUAGAUGCCCAGGUCAGGACAUGGCCCACUGCAGCCGCUGACAGCGAAGACGAAACGGACACGACGGAACUCGCUUCGUCACAAAGAACACCGUAAUAGUGUAAUAGUGGCAGGCGAAUCGGACCGGACACUGAGACACGCCUGGAUGGGGUUGCAGCCCAGGGUCUUGUGGAAAGGCUGCCUCUGUCUGUCCAUGCUGCGGUGCUGUGCGCUAAGUACAGACCGGAGUGUGGCAGGGAUGCCUCUGGCGUAGAGUUCGUUCGCUGCUCGCGAUGAGAUGAGCAGCCGGGGCUGUACCAGAAGAAGCUCUGGCAUGACAUACGUCGAAGGGGUGGGUUCGAUUUUUGGAUGUGGCUAGACAUCGCGGAUGAUUUAUUUGACCGUCGACCUUCUUCGCCAGAGCACACAACUUGGCUUUCAUUGAUCGUUUUCGGUGUACCCAGUCCAACGAUUUCAUUCAACGGCAGGUACUCCUUUCAAUUUCGCGGACACGCUUUAGCGUCGCGGUCGUUGCACUGCUGUCAUCUGUGUCAAAGCUAAAUGACCUC